UUAUAAAUUGGCAUGGAAAAUUCUAAAAAAUUUCGGAAUUUUACGCUAAAAAUAAGAGAUUUCACUCAAUUCAGGGCUCCAGAUUUAUUUUGACAGAUAUAGUCGAUGUUAAGCUAACAUAGUAGUACAUAAAAUACCCUGGAAGUUGCAAGGAUGGGAUGGUAUUCGGACAGCGAUGACGAUAGGCGAAAAUACAAGAAGAAGAAGAGGAGACGAUCAAGGUCUGGUAGUCUUAGCAGUGACUCGUCCUACAGCAGCAGGCAAUCAAAGACGAAAAAGUCCAAGAAACCUAAACAUAAGAAAAGGAAGUCGCGCAGUAGAUCUCUGGAGCGCUCCAAAAGAAGAAGAAGUUAUUCAAGGAGUCAUUCAAGGUCAAAAGAUAGAUAUGACAGGUAUGAAAGCAGACGAGGUCGAAGGUCAAGAUCAAAGGAAAGGCGCUAUAGGUCACGAAGUAGGUCAAGGUCACAUGAUAGAAGUAGGUCAAGAGACAGGCACUACAGGUCUAGGUCGAGAUCAAGGGAAAGGUCAUAUAGAGCUCGCUCAAGGUCAAGGUCAAGAGAUAGACGUAGAUCUAGGUCUAGGUCAAGGUCAAAAGAGAGGCGGUACAACUACAAGUCAAGGUCAAGGUCGAGAUCGGCAUCAAGGAGGUCGUCACGGCGAUCAACGCCAGAGAAAAGAAAAAUUAAAGAGAAAGAUCUAAAGAUUGAGCAGGAUGAUCCCACAGCUCAUAUUCCAGGCUUUGAUAAAAUGCCUCCUUUGAAACAAGCGGAGAUCAGGAUGCAGCUUGCCCUGAAGGCAGCAGAUGCUGCCAAUGAAAAGCUGAAAGCCCAAGGUGUGCUGGCUGGGGCAGCUGCGUCUUCUACAUUGGCUCCUUCUGUCGCUGACCAGCUGAAUAGAGCCAAGAUAAUUGAGGAUAUAGAGAGUGAUGGUUUCAGGCCAGUGUCGUUCAAAUCGGGUGUUCCAAUCAAACCUAAGAAGAGUAAAUCUAAUGGUAAUGGAGUGUCAGAUGAAAUGAGUCAUGAGAUGGCCAUGUUUGGUACGGGGAAUGCCCCAGUCGAUCUCGACACUAUGAUCAAGAAGAGGAUAGAGAGUGAUGCCCUCCUUGGCAAUAUACUUUAUGAAGACAUGGAGACAAAGAUGAAACGUUGGGUUCAGAAACUGACAAUGAUGCGGAGGCAAAAUUUAGAAGGAGAGGCGAUGUCUUGAUGUGCCUAGUCUGUUUUCUGAACUGAUGGACUUUUAAAACAAAGGCGGAGAUGAUUUAGUAGUAAUUCUGUGUAUCACGAUGGAUUCUAGUUACAACAAUGUUGGGCCAGCACUUAUCCAGUAUUGCAGUUGUAAAAGGCUCAAUGGGGGGGGGGGGGGGAGCACUAUGUGCAUGUGUUGCUGCUUCAAUCAUAUUGUUCAUUUGUUUUAGAAUGAAGACUGGUUCUAAAUGCACUGCAUGUAAUCUAAUCAUUGUCUUGGUGUCAAACACAACUUGUAUGAAAUAAAGAACUAAUUG